GUAACUGAAAUUGUAUUACUUAUAUCAGGUGAUAAAUGUAGAGGUUGCCGUUUUGACAAGUGUUUAAUUGAAGGAAUGGAUCCUUUAUUGAUUAAAAUUGAUGAUAUAAAUUGCCGAAAAGUAUUUAUUGAAAUGUUGGAAAAACGUCGAAAUAAAUUACAACAAUCGAAAUCUAACGAUUUAUAUCAUCAAGAACAUAAAAAAACAAUUUGUGUUAUAAAUAAUAAAAAGUUCAAUGAAUAUAAACAGUCAACAAGUAAUCAAGAAAUUUGUAUAAGCAAUAAAUUAUACUUUAAUGACACAACAAUUGGUAUAAUAUUAUUAAAUAAAAAGGUUUUUAAAAAUCCGGCAUCACACAUUAUGUGA